AUGGAGCAAAAGGCCUUGGGAAGGGAAGAGACCAGUGAAAGUUUUAAGGAGAUGUUCAGCUGUGGCAAGACCAAAACAGUCAGACAAAAAGCUUGUGCUGAAGUGAUUAAACAAGAAUACCAAAAACUUGGGCCAAUGAGGUAUCCAGAAAUUGUGACCUUGAUCCUCUUCAUUGUAAUGGCCCUAUUGUGGUUUAGCCGAGACCCUGGUUUUGCUUCUGGCUGGUCUUCCCUUUUUCCAGAGUAUCCUGGUUUUGCUACAGAUUCAACCGUUGCCAUACUUGUAGGACUCCUAUUCUUUCUUAUCCCAGCUAAGAAAUUAACUAAAACUACAUCUACAGGAGAAAUUGUUGCUUUCGAUUAUUCUCCAUUGAUUACUUGGAAAGAAUUCCAGUCAUUCAUGCCCUGGGAUAUAGCGAUUCUUGUUGGUGGAGGGUUUGCAUUGGCAGAUGGCUGUGAGGCAUCAGGACUAUCAAAGUGGAUAGCAAAUCAAUUAUCUCCUCUGGGUUCAUUACCAGGAUGGCUAAUAAUGUUCAUAUCUUGUUUGCUGGUCACAUCAUUAACAGAGGUAGCCAGCAAUCCAGCUACCAUUACCCUCCUGCUCCCGAUACUAGCUCCACUGGCUGAAGCUAUUCAAAUGAACCCUCUUUAUAUUCUGAUACCUUCUACCCUGUGUACUUCAUUUGCAUUUCUCUUACCAGUAGCAAAUCCAUCCAAUGCUAUUGUAUUUUCAUAUGGCCAUCUAAAAGUGAUUGACAUGGUGAAAGCGGGACUUGGCAUAAAUGUUUUGGGUGUUGCUGUGGUGAUGCUUGGUAUGUUCACCUGGAUUGUACCCAUGUUUGACCUCCACACUUACCCUUCCUGGGCACCUACAAUUAAAAAUGAAACUACGCCAUGACAGUGUUCCAGCUAUCCUGUGAAAUAUGUUCUGAUUGUUUCAGUGGUGUUCGUCAGCAUGUGCUGAGCUCUGUGAGAUCCAACUGCAGUAGCACAGGACCUGGGCUCAGAUGACACAGGAUCCACCACUUAUUACUGAUGGAGAAUUGAGUGAGUCGCAGCACCUCACUGAGCCUCCUUACCUCAUCUGUGACAUGGAGUAAUAUGGUAAUUCCUGCCUAAUCUCCCAGCUACAAAAGGGAUAAGUCAUUGAUGGAGCUCUGUAUGGCUGUGUAUUCAAAGUAAAUGCAUAAAGCAAUUAUACAACCUUGUG